AUGUCGUUGAAGCUUCACACCGGUGAAAACCCUAGAAAAUGGCGUUUCGCUUGGGAAGUCCAGUCUACAUCCCAACCCUCCGAUUGUUCCUCUUCGAUUCGCACACUAACCCUUCGACUCAGUGUUAGAACCUCAAGGGUUCCAAUACCAAGCGUUUUGGUCGAUUCCGAAUCCCCUGUGAGUUUCAAAGCGUUGGAUGAUCACAUUGAGGUCAAGCUCGUCCUGCUUCUUCCUGUUGAUCAUCCUAUUAUCUCAAGCUUCAAUUCCAUUUUGAAUUUGCCUGACGACGUAGAAAAUGCAUCCUUCGAUGCUUCGUCGAAGCUGAUCUCUAUGGAUUCCGGUCGGAUUGAAAUUAUUGCUCAUUCUGUGGUUGAGGCUGCAAAACGCCUUCAUCUGAAGGAGCACACAGUCCAUGAUGGAUCUGGAAAUGUUUUCAAGUUAGCUGCACCAGUGGAAUGCAAGGGUAUUGUUGGCAGUGAUGACAGGCAUUAUCUCCUUGACUUGAUGAGAGUCACUCCUCGUGAUGCAAACUACACUGGACCUGGGUCUCGAUUUUGUAUCUUGAGACCAGAAUUAAUUACAGCUUUUUGCCAGGCCAAAGCUACAGAGAGAUCCAAAACUAAGUCCACGUCUCAAGGAGAUGCUCAUAUUGCCAGUAAUUCUCCAAAUGUUGAUGGUGAAAUACAGAUAAAUGGAUUCAGAUUACCAACGAAGGUUUUGGGACUCGGAGAUAUCGAGGGCAAAGGUUAAUUGUAGAUCGAACUUCUGGAAAGCCGUGUCGGAUAUUAAGUUCAAACUGACUCCAGCCCAAAUAAAGAAGUUUGAGGAUAGCUGUUUUGGCCACUUUUUGAAGGCCAACGAGAUACAAUUUAGUGGCCACAUCGUCAACAGCAUGCUGUAUAGGCAAUGUGUUUGCGACGACAAGGACUCUAUGGUAUUCAAUUUUGGAGGGCGUGGUGCUAGAUUUACACAGAGGGACUUCACCAUAAUUACAGGUCUACGGUUUGGUUACGAACCCAAUAGGCAGGUUAACAUCUCUACUCGUAUUAGUGACACGUAUUUUGGCGGAAAGCGAAAGGUCACUAAUUCGGAGAUAACCGAAGCUUUCCUGACUGCACAGUGUCAAGACAAUGAUGAAGCCGACGAUGAUAGAUUGAAGUUGGCUUUAUUAUAUUUCCUAGAGACGGUUCUUCUAGGCAAAGAAAGCAUGGCCACCGCACCUCAUAAUCACUUGGAGAUGGUGGACGAUUUAGAGUACUUCAAUAACUAUCCAUGGGGUACUUUAUCGUAUACUACCACCAUUAGAUCGUUGAAGAGUGCUUUUGAGCAUAGAGAGUCCAUCGCUUUAAACAAGUCAAAGAGUUAUAGUCUUUGUGGGUUUCCUUUGGCUUUCAUGAUUUGGGGUUUUGAGACAAUUCCUUCGUUGGGUCAAGCAUUCGGAAAGAAGUUGCCGGACAUGGCAUUCCCUCGAAUUCUUAAUUGGCAUUUUUCACAAGUGCCAAGAUUUGAGAAGGCCACUGAACUCUUCGAUCAU